GAUUCAGUGUAUAUAAUUUAGUUUGUAGUGCUCAGCAAUAAUAUGGCUUUAUACAAGUUACAACAUAUUUAAGUUUUAUAUGUGGUAAAUUAAAACAUACAUCAUCGGCAUCAUAAUCCUUGUUAGCAGGGACAUUCCGUGAUUAUUUUUUUUAAAUAAGUUCUGGUAGGCCUAGUUGGUACCGUUCAACACCCUUUCUGUCGAGAGUUGUGGAAAAACAAGACGACCAUCGAGACGAAGUACGAAGGUCCAUUAAUAAUCGGUUCCUCGAAUGUAUUUGCUUUAAAAAUGAUGCAGCAGUGAUACAGCUUUCUCUAACCACCAUCUUUCAUGAGUGUGUUCAUGACUCUUGAUUUCGGAAGAACUGACCACAGAACUGAAGUUAUAAAUGCUGCGCUGUGGUGCUGACAGCCUAACCGGCGUGGUUCCCGGCGAGGGUAGAAUGAAGAUGGCGACGGAAAGCGAUAUCAAAGACAAUUGGUACACCUGUUGAGCAGGCUUUCAUGACAAGGAGAGUGUGUAGAGGCUGGCCCCGGAAACAUCCAGAGACCACACCUAUGUUGUAACUGAGCGCGCCCGGUCCAAAAGAUGACUAAUUCCUUGAUGCAAUCCCUCAGCCAGUCAGCAACAGCUUAAUAUCUUCAACAAAAAAAGGACACGCUUCCUUCCCUUCUUUAGCUCUGUGACCAGGAUGAUGCAACCCCUAUUGUGCUGUCCGAGAUUGAAGUACUACAGUCCAUCUAUCUUGAGGAACUGAGGGUCAGUCGUAAAAGCGACAGGGACUGGGAUGUGAGUGUGGACCUGUAUCCCUCUACAGCCGAGGACUCACUCUCCCAGUUCGUCCGACUCACACUCACCUUAACCAUGGACUCCCAGUACCCUUCCUCUGCUCCCUCCAUCUCCAUUCACAAUCCUCGGGGCCUCUCCGAUGACAAGCUGCUCAGUGUGCGACGCUGUCUGGAGGCUGAAGCCCAGGCCUGCCUCGGGACCCCUGUUCUGUACCAGCUCAUCCAGAAAGCCAAAGAAAUCCUGACGGAGAGCAACAUUCCUCACGGGAGCUGCGUCAUUUGCCUGUACGGCUUCAAGGACGGAGAGGUGUUCACGAAGACGGGCUGCUAUCACUACUUCCACUCCCACUGCCUGGGGCGCUACGCGGCGCACUCCGAGAGCGAGCUGCAGGAACGGGCCAGGGAGCGGGAGGAGGACAAGACCCGGGGGAGGAUGGAGGGCCAGGAACUGUCUGUGGUGUGUCCAGUUUGUCGAGAACCACUGACCUACGACCUGGAAGUUCUUCUAAAUUCCCCUACGCCUCAUUUUCCCAAGACUGAGGAAACGGUCCUCGGGCCAGAGUUUCGAAAGAAGUGGGCCAAACUUCAGAGCGUUCUGGAGCGACAGCGGGAAAGAGGCGGGGUCAUAGACCCUGAGGCGGAGUCUAGCCGUUUCCUCAUACAUAUUAAUCAGCCACCGGCCGAUGCCGGCAGCGUUGCUCCUGACCCAGACUCUCCUCCCAGCCCACCACUUCCCGCCUCCAUCCCUCCCUCCACCAAUCAGGUCACAGCAUCUCAGGGUCCACAGCCGUCCAGCCAAUCGGAGCGCAGGGCCGGGUCCGGUGGCAGGAGGCGCGGCCAAUCGAAGUGGAGCAGGAGGCGCGAGGCCCAGCCGGAGCCCCGGGGCCUGAGCGAGGAGGGCGUGGCCAAACUCAGCCUCUCGUCGGGGCGAGACCCUGCGCGGCAGCCUCGCCCGGCGGAGACAGCCCGGGCCGAGCGGAGCGGGGAAAUCAGCCGACCGCAUGCCGUCGCUCACGACAACGCUCACGCCGUCGCUCACGGCGACGGACAGCAGCACACCCUAAACCAGUCGUGCCCGGAUAUUUUAAAAUCUAACAGCCAGGCUGACCCCAUGCCUGGGAGGGGGCGGGGCCAGAGGCACGGCCAAUGGGGGAGAGGACGGAGGAGGGGCUCCGGUCAGCAGCCCAGACGUUUGGACGAGAGGCACGUACACGGCCCGGACGCCCCGAGGGAGGGCGCGCCCCACUGGGGAGGCCGGGGGGGGGGCUACAGGGGGCGAAGAGGAACGGAUCACUACACCCAUUUUAGAGGAGGCGGGGAUAACAGGAAGAGUGGGAGGGGUUUCACUCAGAGAGAGGCGGAUUCGGAGGUGGCAGGAGGCGAGGGGCCGUGAAGAGGGGGAUGAGCUGUACCUCAAUUUAACAUCCCCCAAAAUAAACCUGCUCUCUGCCUGCCGCUGUCCUGCUGUGUUCUGUGUGUGCGCAUUCCCCACUGACACCGGGUCAAGCUUUACAGUUUACAGCACUACACAACCCAAGCUUACAUCUUCAGUUAGAGAAGGGUUUGUCUUGCCGAUAGCGCCGUAGGUACAGCUAAUGAGCUUUCAUUGGGUUGGUCCCAUUUUUUGGUUCGGUUGGUUCGAAGAAUCACCUUAUUUUCCCCACUUUAGCUCAAGUGGGGUUUUUCUGUUGUUUUUUUAUUUUUAUUUUUUUAUUCCUCUGGUGAACACCCACAGUGAAAUGCUUGUGUGACAACCUGCUUGUUAAAGGCCCAGCGCUAUACAAAUAAAGAAUGACCGAAACACUGAUUAAUAACACUAUCAGAUCAAUGGCAAUGACACCAAUGUAUAAAACUUAUCAAACCUAUGAAAGCAAAGAUUAUUUUGGAACUCAUGUUAUUUCCUGUACUUUCCUUUUUUCACACACUGAACUCGGCCAAUGUAAAAUAAAGCAAACGUAAGAGGCAGUCCUGACAUUGUCAACAGUACUAUUGUAAAGUUACAGAAAUACAUGUGAGGGGUGUUUACAUUCAUAUAAGCACUUAAUUUGAUAUUAGUGUUGCUGUAAACUCAGUAAACAUGCUAGUGAUGAACGUACCCAAAGCAAAUACUGAUGCAAAUAAACCAACUGCUAAAAUUG